AUGGUUCUCAACCUUCGCUUUACCAACAUAACGCCACAACUCAGCAGCAACGGCAACAGCCUUUAUUCAAUAUGGAUACCCUCUCCCAAAGAAGCGCUACGUGAAAUUCUUAGGAAUUUCCGGAAACACCCGUACCUGGAAUCCAAAAGUCAAAACUACAACCAAAACCGUUGCUUGGAAACACGGCGAGAGGCAACUGAGGCGAGUACCUGGGGUGCCGAGACUCAGCCCAACCAGCUCCCGCCUCUGGGAACACUUUCCUCCUGCGGGAUCCCCACUCUGUGGAAAGCGGCGAAAAGCCACUCGGGAAGCCGCUCGCUCACCUCUGACCCCGGCCAAGAUCUCGCGCGCCUAACCGUCCGCAGCGGGCCCGCCACUCUCACCCACCUACCCGCCACCGGUCACCGGUCACCGGCCACCGGCCACCGCCCACCUGUGCGGAAAGACGCCACGCUAGGCGUCAUGACGGCGCCUCUGGCUCGGCUGGAAUGCUACGUGCGGGCAAGGGCCCCGCCCCGCGGGUUGAAGGUUCGCUUCGUGCGUCCCCUCGCGGGAGUGUCGCAAUUCAGCCCGGGCUUGUUCCGGCGUCCGCACUUCCGACUAUUCUGGAGACUGGGAAUCCAAGAUCAAGGCCAAUUUGGAUUCUGGCAAUGUUAUAUUGUCCAGCUUGAAAUGACUCCUACUGUCAAAAGAAGAAAUACUUGGCUCACCAAAGACAAUUAAACUAAUUAAGUAUGUUAAAAACACAUGAAUUCUUAAUAUUGCUUAAAAAAAACCCCUCACUAGUCACAUUGAAGAUUGCUAGGAUAUCAAUUCAUUAUUCUGAAAAUGGUAAAUAAUGGUUAAAAAGAUAAAACAAUUAACCUGCUUUUUCUACAUAAACUGAAAUUCAGAGUAACCAAAUUGUUGAUGAAGAAAAACAUUUUUUGGAAAAAAAUCCAAUGAAUAAAUAAGGAAUGUAUAUCACCAUUUGGAACCCAUAAGAAAAUAAUGUAUCUAAGAAAUAGUGAGUCCUGUUCCACAUGUAAAGAGCUCAGAAGUUGCUACUCCAUCAUAACAAUAAGUAAAAAGAUGAAAAAACUGAAAGAUCAAUAACUCUUUAGAUCUUCAAGAGAAGUGAGGUCACAAGGCACAUACUGCCCACCAUGUGAAUAUAGAAUCACAAUUUAUUGGAGCAGCAACCUCCAUGGGAACCAGUACCAGGGUAGGGAGACCUGAAUUACAAUUGAUGAAUUGCUGGGGGCUCAGUCUGGACUAUUCUGACACCCAGACUCAGGGACUGAGUCAUGAGGCACACUUUCAUAAGAAUUCUUCUGUAAGGGGAGACAAACCAUAAGUGACUCAAUCUCA